GUUUGGGUCAGCGGAAUCCUUCGUAGACAUAAGAGGGGCCACAAAAACACCCUAAUCUGACCUUCGCUACAGUUUUCUUCUUCUCACUCAUACAUUUGCAUGUUCUCUUCUUCUCCUCUACCAUCAUAAUAUCUUCAAAACUUCACAUAUAUAUCACUCCAUCUCUCUAUAUAUAGGUCUGCAACCGUCUCGGUUAUAAUCCAACGCAUAUCUCUUUUUUGGUCGCUAAUAUUGGUAUGGAUCCGUUGAGGACUACUUGCUUCUAUUUCCUUUUUAUCGUCUUUUUCAUCCUUUAUCCGAGUUGCCUAUGCGAUUCUCGCCGUCUUGGACCAAUGGAGAAGAAGCCUGGUGUAGAUCGUGACCACUUAAUUGCGGUGAACCGGGAAGAGAUUACAAAACAAGUCGCUCCCUCAACAAACGAGACGAAAACCUUAUUGAGUGAAGCACCGAUCGAACAUGCAAUAGCUAAUCAUGGUCAGAUCAAUGGGAAUAGUACGAAGGACGAUUUCAGAGUAAAACGUGUUUCACUAGACAAAACCAUGCCGUCUAAAAGAGUCUCAAGAACUUGGAAAGUUCCUAAUUAUUCAAAGAAGCAGCGAAGAUCAGAUCAGGAACAUCCAGCAUUCAAUCUCGAUUACAUGCAGCCCAGCACCCAUCCCCCUCAUCAUAAUUAA